AUGAGAAUCUGUGCUUUUAUUUUAAUAGCUUUUGUUGCAAUUACUGCUGCCUAAUAUGAUACUCUUACUUAAGAUCAAAUAAAUAAAAUAGAUGGUUGUAUGGUUAAUGUUGACCCUGCAUGCUAAAUUUACACUGAAGAUUGUUAUAGUGAAUUAUUAUAAGCUGAUUAAUGCUUUGAUUAAUGUAGUGAAACAGACAUCCAUAAUAUGACUGUAUGUACAUAAGAUUGUAAAUCAAAUUAUAAUGAUGUCUAAGUUCACAUAAAAUAAAAGACUGCUUGUAUGAACUUUUUAGAAAAAAAUCCUACUAAUAAUAAUGAAAAUAAAAUUCCUAGUAUGAGUACUGGAAUUAACAUUCUUGCUUUUACUGUCAUAGCUUCAGUUCUCUCUCUAUUUUUAUGA